AAGCUACCCACAAUGCAAUGCUAUGCUAGCUGGUUCCUAGCGGAGUAGCAAGAGAGCAGAAAACAACAACAACAAGGGUGAACGAGGUUCAACAACAGGCUAGCUACUAGCUAGGCCAGCUACAUGGGUAGCGACAAAAACGACCAGGAUUUAUCAAACGCGAUGGCCUUAUCAUCUAGACGUAUAUCAGCGGUGCCAUGAACAGUGGACUCCCAGCUUCAGCUGCUCCGCUCGGGGGUGUCGGAAUUCCCUGCGUCAAGGUGAAGUUCUGCCGAUACUACGCAAAGGACAAGACUUGCUUUUAUGGGGACGAGUGUCAGUUUUUGCACGAGGAACCGUCCAUGGUAAACAUGUCUCUUCAUGGUGGAGGAAGCCCCGUCCCUUUAUCCAUGUCAGGAGGAGCCGUGACGGCAGCGGGGUAUCCGCUUAGUGCACCCCCGGCCUGCCCGGUAGGGGUGCCGACCGUCACCAAAAAGAGCGACUCUCUUGGUUCUGCAGGCACGGCUCUGGAUGGACAGCUGUUAACCAUCCCUGGUAUGGAGGGUGGGACUGAUGCUAAUCUGACCAACUCCUACUUCAGCAGCAGCUUUAUUGGGGUGAAUGGCUUCGGGAGCCCCGCAGAGUCUAAAUACUCAAUGAUGCAGAGAAUGACCAGCAGCAGCAGCAGCAGCAGUUCUCCCAGUCUCCUUGAUGAUGGUGAAAAGAACUUUAGCCACAGCGCUCACGAUCUAUUCCAUGGAACCCUGGCAGUUGGACCAGGUCAGAGUUGUGGGUCAAUGGAAAACUCUCCGUGGACAACACAGUCUUCAUUCCCUCUCCCUCUAUGUCCUCUUCCUGAUCCAGUUAGUUCUCCCAUAUCUUCACUCUUCAGUGACUUUGGUGCUCUGAGCAUAUCACAAAGGAGAAAGGCUCCCAACCCUACAGCCAAUGAGUUCAUCCCUAAGGGGGUUCCCCGCAUGGCCACUAUGGUCCAGUCCAGUGUUCCAGCCUUCCCCUUGCCCCUCUUCCCCCACCCCAGCCUCAGCAGCUCCACCGCCGCUGCCCUAGCACCCGGGAUGUCUCUUUCUGCAGGGUCCUCCCCCCUCCACUCCCCCAAAAUCACCCCCCACACCUCCCCUGCCCCACGCCGGCGCAGCCACACCCCCAACCCCAACAACCCCAAUCCGGCUAACUACAUGGUGCCCACCAGUGUGUCUGACCAGGGGGCCCACAUCAUCCAGAAGGAGACGGUGGGGGGGACCACCUACUUCUACACCGACAACACCCCCGCUCCCAUGGCCGGGAUGGUGUUUCCUACCUACCACAUCUACCCCCCCACUGCUCCCCACGUGGCCUACAUGCAGCCCAAAGCCAACGCUCCGUCCUUCUUCAUGGCUGAUGAACUCCGACAGGAGCUGAUAAACAGACAUCUAAUCACCAUGGCUCAGAUCGACCAGUCAGAGAACACCGGUGUUCCCUCUGAGGUGGAUAGCUACCACAGCCUGUUUCCCCUGGAGCCUGUCCCCCCUCCCAACCGCCUGCAGAAGACCAGCAACUUCAGCUACAUCACUUCCUGCUACAAGGCCGUCAACAGCAAGGACGACCUGCCUUACUGCCUGAGGAGGGUACAUGGUUUCAGGCUGGUGAACACCAAGUGUAUGAUGCUGGUGGACAUGUGGAAGAAGAUUCAGCACUCCAACUCUGUUACCCUGAGGGAGGUCUUCACCACCAAGGCCUUUGGAGACCACUCGUUGGUGUUUUCCUAUGACUUCCAUGCGGGGGCAGAGACCAUGUUUAGCAGGCACUUCAACGACCCCACUGCAGACUCCUACUUCACCAAGAGGAAGUGGGGACAGCACGAGCCCCCACCACCCCGGCAGCAUGCUGGUCUACUUCCUGAGUCUCUGAUCUGGGCCUACAUCGUUCAGCUGAGCUCAGCUCUCAGAACCAUCCACACUGCUGGCCUGGCCUGCAGGGUCAUGGACCCCAGCAAGAUCCUCAUCACCGGCAAGACCAGGUUACGGGUGAACUGUGUCGGGGUGUUUGAUGUCUUAACGUUUGACAACAGUCAGACCAACCAUGUGACCCUCAUGCCACAGUACCAGCAAGCGGACCUGAUAUCCCUGGGCAAGGUGGUGUUGGCCCUGGCCUGUAACUCUCUGGCUGGCACUCAGAGAGAGAACCUGCAGAAGGCCAUGGAGUUGGUGUCAAUCAACUACUCAUCAGACCUCAAGAACCUCAUCCUGUAUCUGCUGACAGAGCAGUCAAGGCUGCGAAGCGUCAAUGACAUCAUGCCCAUGAUCGGAGCUCGCUUCUACACACAGCUGGACGCAUCACAGAUGAGGAAUGAUGUCAUCGAGGAGGACCUUGCCAAGGAGGUCCAGAAUGGUCGUCUCUUCCGUCUGUUGGCUAAACUGGGCACCAUCAACGAGAGGCCAGAGUUUCAGAAGGACCGUACAUGGUCGGAAACGGGGGACCGGUACCUGCUGAAACUGUUCAGAGACCACCUGUUCCACCAGGUGACGGAGUCUGGGACCCCCUGGAUAGACCUCAGCCACAUCGUCUCCUGCCUCAACAAACUGGACGCGGGUGUGCCUGAGAAGAUAAACCUGGUAUCUCGUGAUGAGAAGAGUGUUCUGGUGGUGACCUACUCAGACCUGAAGCGCUGCUUCGACAGUACCUUCCAGGAGUUGCAGCAGGCGGCUGCCACUGGCCCCCUGUAGCGCCCCUGCCGCCCCCCACACACAGGCAGCGGGGUGGGACUGCCUGAACCCUGAACCUGAAAGCACAUUAUUGCACUACAUCGGAGGACCAGGCGCAUAGUGAUGGCAUCAUCAGAGGGGGCGGGACUUGCUGGAUCAGUCACAUACACUGUCUUAGCAACCAGGAUAAUUUUUUUGUUGUUUUCCUAAAAACCCAGCAGCUGCCACUACAAAUAGUGGACAGAAACGGAAGCUGUGACGAUGACAACAAGGAUGAUGAACACUGCAUUAUUUUAUUUUAGAACUGGGGAACAAACGGAUACUAAAAAAAUAAACCAACCACAUGGUAUUGAACUUUUUCCUGCUUUUUUUCUGUGGAGGAUUCACUAUUUGACUUUUAAUGAAUGUGUAAGUGGCCUACGAGAUGCACCUCCAGACAGAGCUGAAGUCACAGACACACACCGACACAGACUGAGAACUGAAUAGAAAUCAGGCUUUGUACUGCGUGUCUCUGCUGGAGACCACACCCCUUCAUACCAACACAUUAAGAGACGGGACAGACCACUGGAUGCUUUCUAAGGGGGUGGUCAAAGAACCCAUUCAUGAAAUGGGCCGGUCCAAGUCAGCCUUAGUUGUCGGUUCCCACUCAGAAAGGACAACCCACUGAGUUUUGGAGUAGGCUGUGGGUUGGGGACUCUGUUGAAACAGACCACAGAGGGGUGUGUUGUGUUUGUUAGAGCAGAGUCAGGCAGGCCAGGCAGCCCCUCCUUUAUUGCUCAAUGAUGGACACUAUUGUGGAAAAUGUUGUGACACAAAUUAUGAACUCUGGGGAUGGAACUGUUUUGUCAGCUCUGGGGUAGAACCCAUGGAUUGGGCAUAACUAGAGAAUGGAGCCAGUUCUGCCUCAAUUAUUUUCUUUGCUGCCUCCCUCCCUCUUUCUCCCUCCCCUGAAGGGCCCCUCUUUCUCCCUCUCCUGAAGGUCCCCUCCCUCCGUCUUUCUCCCUCCUGAAGGGCCCCUCCCUCCAUCUUUCUCCCUCCUGAAGGGCCCCUCCCUCCAUCUUUCUCCCUCUCCUGAAGGGCCCCUCCCUCCGUCUUUCUCCCUCUCCUGAAGGGCCCCUCCCUCCGUCUUUCUGCCUCUCCUGAAGGGCCCCUCCCUCCGUCUUUCUGCCUCUCCUGAAGGGCCCCUCCCUCCGUCUUUCUCCCUCUCCUGAAGGAUCCCUCCCUCCGUCUUUCUCCCUCUCCUGAAGGGCCCCUCUUUCUCCCUCUCCUGAAGGGCCCCUCCCUCCGUCUUUCUCCCUCUCCUGAAGGGCCCCUCCCUCCGUUUUCUCCCUCUCCUGAAGGGCCCCUCCCUCCGUUUUUCUCCCUCUACUGAAGGGCCCCUCCCUCCGUCUUUCUCCCUCUCCUGAAGGGUCCCUCCCUCCGUCUUUCUCCCUCUCCUGAAGGGUCCCUCCCUCCGUCUUUCUCCCUCUCCUGAAGGGUCCCUCCCUCCGUCU